CGUACGAUACUGACGUCGUUGCUGCCGAGUCGUUCCGACAACAAACGGUCACAUCCGGUGUGUAACGGCCGGUACAAGAAAUUGGGUAAUUACGAAAAAAUAGUAUCGAGGGGAAGCCGGCAACGAUUGAGUGUUGGUUAUCAAAAAAAAAAUUGAAAAAAGACAGCGGAAAUAACCGGUGAAACGCGUGGACUGUCUCUGCCGUGCUAUCAGUGAUAAAGUGGGUUGUUCAAGGCUCCGAAUAGUGGUUCUGAUAACGAAUUGUAAGUGGGACCUGCAGUGUUACGAAAUAUUUUUCGCGCGGAGAUAAUUGUUUUCGGAACGUGCAACUAGAGUGUGAAAACGUGUUGUUUGAGAAGAGGCCUGUUGCACACGGAGGCAUUUGUAGAACCAUAUAAUUGAGACAAUCCCCAACCGUCCACAAUGGGUACGUCGUACAAGCUGGGCAUGGACGAGCUUUCGGGCAAGUCCACCAACAUCUGGAAGGCGGUUUUGGCGGAAUUUGUUGGAAUCUUCAUCCUGAACUUCUUCGGAUGUGCGGCCUGCACCCACGCGGCCGGUGACAAAACACUCAUCUCGCUGGCGUUCGGACUCAGCGUGUUUAUGGUCGUAAUGUCCAUUGGCCACAUCAGCGGCGGUCACAUCAACCCAGCGGUCACCGCCGGUCUGCUCGCUGCCGGCAAGGUGAGCCUCGUACGCGCCGGACUGUACGUGGUCGCGCAGUGUGCCGGAGCCGUUGCCGGGACGGCCGCCCUCAAGGCUCUGCUGCCGGAAGCGUACCAGAAUGGGCUGGGACACACCGGCCUCAAGGAGCACGUCCAGGACAUGCAGGGACUGGGCAUCGAGUUCUUCCUCGGUUUCAUCCUGGUGCUGUGCGUGUUUGGCGUGUGCGAUGAGAACAAACCGGACUCGCGGUUCGUGGCCCCGCUGGCCAUCGGUCUCACCGUAACGCUGGGCCACCUGGGUGUGGUGGAGUACACCGGUGCCAGUAUGAACCCGGCCCGCUCGUUCGGAACUGCCCUCAUCAACGAGAACUGGAACCAGCAUUGGGUGUACUGGGCCGGUCCGAUUCUCGGAGGCGUUUGUGCCGCUCUGCUCUACAGCCAAGUGUUCAAGGCUGCCCCUUCGGAAGCCAUCUCUGCCUCGGAGCGUUACCGUGCCGUUGCUGACGAGAAGGAGCUAAAACGCCUGGAUGGUAAACAUGAUAUGGCCUAGUCGCAUCGAACUCAUCAUUUGAUUUUACUUGUUAGACGAAUAUUCAUUAAUCGAAUAUUUUCAGUUAGUAUUUUGAUUACACCUUAGUCGCAGUAACUAAGCUGAGAAUCUAAACUUUAUUUAUGUUAAAAUAAUGUCAACUUGUCUUCAUGCGAAAACAAUCAAAGCAUAUUUCACCCUUUUUAUAACUUGUUAGGCUAAGAUGCACGAAUAAAUUACUUUAAAAUUAAUAAAA